AUGCUGGAUCAAGCCCCGCGGCCGCUGGCAGACAGGGCGUACCUGGGGAAGAGCGGCGCCGGCGAAGCGCUUGUCGGUGUCGAGGGCUGGCGCGCGGACCAGCCGGGCGACACCGCAGUGGACGGCAAGCCGUGGCACUCGUCUGCGAUCCGGCUGCGUGUCGACGCUCGGACGCUGCGCACCGCGAGCGGAUCGACCUACGUCCUGAGCGGUCCGAUGUGGACGGAGCCGUGCCUCGCGGCCGGCUUUUCGCCACAGAUGGUGGACGCCUUCUCCGACGGCUUCCCUGCCUGCUGGCAGUCCGCCUACACACUGCCGGGCGAGGACGGGAAGAGCUUCGCCGUCGGCUGCCUCGUGCGCGUGCUGCGCGAGCAGCAGCGCGGGCAGGUGGCCGAGGUGGCCGAGGUGGCGCACGGGUGGGUCAAGCUGCGGCUCGGGGGGCAGCUCCUCUCCUUCCGCCCGCGGGAGCUCGAGGCCUCGAGCGGCGGCACGGAGAUGGGCGCCGGAGGGCGCUGCGGCGAGGCGGCGGCGCCUGCUGGCUGGAACGGGUCCGAGGCGAGGGCCGGGGCGAGGGCCGGGCGGGGAGGUGGACACUUCCAGGACCCGUCCUUGACCUGCCCGAGACAUGUCCCGCAGGCGUGGUCGGGCGGGGAGCUGCAGCAGCUGCGCGAGGCCCACUUCGAGAUCUCCCCCGAGGCGGUCGACUUUUGGGAACAAGUCGCGCGCCGCGUCGGCCGGAGCGUGCAAGAGUGCACCGCCGAGUUCUACCGGCAGCACCCGACGCCAGGGCGGCAGAGGCGGAGGCGCUCCUCGCCCGCGCCAGGGGUGCCGCCGCCGCCGAGCGGGCUCCACCCCGACUUGCUGCAAGCCUCGCCGUGGCGCAGCGGCGCGUCCGCCGCCGACGAGGGCGAGGAGAGCGACGGCGGCGAGGGAGGCAAGGUCAAGGCCAAGCAGCUCAAAGGCCGGGCGACAGCCGCUUUCCGGGCCGGCCGCGCGCCAGCCAAGCGGCGCCGAUCGGCGGCGGCGGCGGCGGAGGGAGCUGCCCCCGUGGCGUGCUGGCGCGGAGUGUAG